CGUUGCUACUACGAAAUAAUUCAUGACGUUAUCUAAUGUGGGAACCUAUUUAAUAAGGGUUUAUUUUGAAAAAUCAAAGUCGUUUAGAACGGAAACGUGCUGCUGCUGCUGCUGCCGCAGCUGUGUGCUGCACCCGGGUGCACCCAUAGACGAAGACAGUUAAAGAAACCCUGCACCAACCUUGGCUAGUUAAAGAUGGCAGGAAAGGCGUGGAGGUCAUCGAUUCUUAAUCUACUAAGACAGUGGGGUUUGUCGCACAAUGGCAAGGAUAAAAUCAAGGCUCAGGAAGUAUCACGGGUGGUUGGAGCUUUGAUGAAAGACACUCCACAACCCAGGACAUUCACGCGUGGGAUUCAAACUGUUACUUUAAUCCCUGGUGAUGGAAUUGGUCCAGAGAUCUCCACUGCUGUCAUGGAGAUAUUUGAUGCAGCUAAAGCACCUAUUCAAUGGGAGGAGAGAAAUGUUACAGCCAUCCAAGGACCUGGUGGCAAGUGGAUGAUCCCUCCUGAUGCCAAAGAAUCGAUGGACAGGAACAAAAUUGGCUUAAAAGGUCCUUUGAAGACACCCAUAGCAGCUGGCCAUCCCUCUAUGAACCUACUGCUGAGGAAAACCUUUGACCUCUAUGCCAAUGUGCGUCCCUGUGUGUCCAUUGAGGGCUACAAGACCCCCUACAGUGAUGUGAACCUGGUCACCAUCAGGGAGAACACUGAGGGAGAAUACAGUGGUAUUGAACAUUUGAUUGUUGAUGGAGUUGUGCAGAGUAUUAAGCUCAUUACAGAGCAAGCCAGCCAACGCAUCGCAGAGUAUGCUUUUGAAUAUGCCAGAAAUAAUCAGAGGGCCAGUGUUACUGCUGUUCAUAAGGCCAAUAUUAUGCGCAUGUCUGAUGGGCUCUUCUUACGAAAAUGCAGAGAGGCUGCUGAAAAUCACAAAGAUGUGAAAUUCACUGAGAUGUACUUGGAUACUGUGUGCCUUAAUAUGGUACAGGAUCCUACUCAGUUUGAUGUGUUAGUAAUGCCAAAUUUGUAUGGAGACAUCUUAAGUGAUCUUUGUGCAGGAUUAAUUGGAGGUCUUGGAGUUACUCCUAGUGGAAACAUUGGCGCCAAUGGUGUUGCCAUAUUUGAGUCGGUUCAUGGAACUGCUCCAGAUAUAGCAGGAAAGGACAUGGCCAACCCCACCGCCUUGCUGCUCAGUGCAGUCAUGAUGCUGCGGCACAUGGGCCUGCAUGGCCACGCCAAGAAGAUUGAAACUGCCUGCUUUGACAUCAUUCGAGAUAAAAAGGUUCUAACAAAAGACCUUGGAGGAAACUCCAAGUGCUCAGAAUUCACAGGAGCAAUAUGUCAACGAGUGCGGGAUCUGGACUAACAUCGUGCUAAUAAGACCAAGUUACAUUUUAGGGUCUCUUAACUUCAUCGUGUCACAUUGUAUCUGUACAUUUUAAACCAGAUAUAUUUAAAA